AUCCCUAACCCCCCCCCCCCCCCCGUCAAAACUCUUCUCCGCCGACUUUUUUCCCACCAGAAAAUCUUCGAGUUCUUCGACGGCGUUAUUUGCUUCAACUACAACUCCGUUUUAUUCUUCUUCAAUCAAAUCUGUGUGUGAUUGCUGUUUGAGACUUCGCCGAAUCUUCAAAAGAGUUUUUUCGGUUUUUUUCAUGAUCUGUGAAGAGGCUGAUCUGAUCUGAACCUUCGAUCUGAGAUAUGGAUAGGAUCGUCGGAGGUAAAUUCAAGCUCGGCCGAAAAAUCGGUAGUGGAUCGUUUGGUGAAAUUUUCCUCGCUACGCAUAUUGAUUCGUUUGAGAUCGUCGCUGUCAAAAUUGAGAACAAUAAGACUAAACAUCCUCAACUUCUCUACGAGGCCAAGUUAUACAAUAUUCUCCAGGGAGGAAGUGGUGUACCACAUAUAAAAUGGUCUGGUGUGGAUGGUGAUGACAAUGUUCUGGUCAUGGAUUUAUUGGGUCCUAGCUUGGAAGAUCUCUUUGUCUAUUGUGACCGGAAGCUUUCAUUGAAGACUGUUUUAAUGUUGGCUGACCAGAUGAUUACCAGAAUUGAAUAUGUACAUUCUAAAGGCUUCCUACACAGGGAUAUUAAGCCUGACAACUUUCUGAUGGGUCUUGGUCGGAAAGCUAAUCAGGUUUAUAUUAUUGAUUUUGGUCUUGCUAAAAGAUACCGUGAUGCGACUACUAAUCGCCAUAUUCCUUACAGAGAGAACAAAAAUUUAACUGGAACAGCACGCUAUGCCAGUUGUAAUACUCAUCUUGGAAUUGAGCAAAGCCGGCGGGAUGAUUUAGAAUCUCUUGGAUAUGUUCUCCUUUAUUUCUUGAGAGGCAGCCUCCCAUGGCAGGGUUUAAAAGCUGCCACAAAGAAGCAAAAGUAUGACAAAAUAUGUCAAAAGAAGUUAUCAACUCCUAUUGAGGUUUUAUGCAAGUCUCACCCCGUUGAGUUUGCUUCGUACUUCCAUUACUGUCAUUCGUUGACAUUUGAUCAGCGGCCUGAUUAUGGAUUCUUAAAACGCCUCUUUCGUGAACUUUUUACCCGUCAAGGAUAUGAAUUUGAUUACAUAUUUGAUUGGACCAUCCUAAAGUACCAACAGGCACAAACAAGUAAACCACAGCAUCGGCAAGUUGUCGGUGAAAGUAGCCGAGCAAUUCCAAUGGAUGUUGAAAAGCGUCAAGGCAACAAUGGACCUUAUGUUUCUGAGGUGACUGAUCGCAUAAGACCGAAUAAUCCUUCCAGUCCUGGAAUUCGUAUGCAAUUUAAGUCGCCAACAAGCAGGAAUUUAACUUCUGCCAAUCUUGACAGAAAUGUACUAAGUAGUGCUCAUAUGCCAUCUACUUCAUUGGCUCCUGUUUUACCAAGAGCAAAUGCCACAAAACCUUUGUUACCCACUGAAACAACUCAUGAUGGUGAUAAUGGAGGCAGCAGCUGGAUUUCCUCCUUGCGACGUAUUUCUUCUGCAAAGUGAUAAAAAGGAUAAGAUGAAGUUGGGGCUAAUGUGCCUUCAAAUUGGGCAGCUCAUACUUAUUCAAUGAUUACAAGCUUGUACGGAUGACUAUGGUGGCUGAUCAUGGCCUUCUGCAAUUUCACGAGUUCAAGAGGGUGGUGUGAAUUGAGCUGGACAUGAAAGCAGAUGGCAGCUGUUUGUCUUUCUAUGGGAGCUCGGGUUAGAUAUUUUUCCUAAGAUGACUAUAAACAAAUUGGUCCAUCCUUGAAUUAAGAUCAGGAUGGUUCCUGUCCGCUGAAAAAUGAAGCACUAGAGACAUCUUAUGUCACCUUUUCCAUGUAAAAUAUAGAUCAUAUGUGAUUGUCAAAAAUUGUGCAGUUCCUUUUGUGCAUACAGUGGUGGUUAUUUUCUUCACUUGCUUCUUUACUCGCAAAGUUGCAUGUGUUGUAAUCUUUAUUGCUUUAUUUUGCGGUGAGCCAGUGAUUUGAAACAUGUUGAUAAUGGGAUUGGAUCUAGUACAGCAAUGAAGUUUUGAGAAGUUUGGAAAUAUGAUAUAUAUUGAAAAGUCGUGUUCUCAUCAGAUGGAUUGUGAAGUUUUGAUGUACGGAUCGAUUUAUGGAGUUUUCUUUUGUCCACCACUCAUCCCACUCUUACAUUAAAGUUUUAUGCUCUUUUGAAUCCUGUUGCCAUCUAGUCAAUAGGUGAGCUUGUCACCAGGAAUUUCAUUUGAAGAUUUUUCAUGAUAUGCUGUGAAUGUGAUUUCUGUCGGAGUCAUGGCUCCCUUGGAUUUAAUCAACUCCAGAAGAACAGGAACUAGUGAUUACAUUGUUUGGUUUGUUGUUCGUGCGAUGUAUCAAGUAUGUAAUGGACAAGUAUCCACUGACACCUUUUUGAUUUAACAAGUAUAAUGGUUGAUUCAUGGGCAGACCACCGAUAACUUGGUACCAUUCUGCCCCUGCUCACAGGUGUCUUGCUUUUAGUCUUGCUAGAUUCGUGAGGAAAUCAUGCUGAAAAACUUUAUCUUUCUUAAGUGUUAUUGGGUAAUAUUUGGUUGGAUCAAGGAGCUUCUGAAUACUGGUUCCUUUUUCAAUUGGUAUGACGUAUGAACUGAAUAUCUAGUCCUACUGGACUUGUCAGGACUUGAGAGUGGGAGAUUCAACUCGCAAAGUUUGUGCUGAUUUCAUUAUCAGCGAGGCUAUGGUACUCCCACUUGCACUGUCAUGGUGCUGGAAGAAUAAUAAUUGGUUACAUAUUUAAGUCCCAGGAUGUAUAAAAAUCAGUAAGUGUCCGUCUAGCGUUGACAUCUUGCUUCCAAGAAGACUCUUUCCAGCUUCCCGUUCACAGAGACCUGCCUGUCUAUUCUAUUAAGUUCAAUGUUUCAGCUGAAUCUUGGAAUUCCAACUGCACUCGUACUAUUCAAAGAGAGCUGCUGCUGUUUUCGGAAUUAGGAAACUUGACCAAGUCUGUGGUUUUGCUGUUCACUUUGAACCUGUUACUUGGACUCAUGAUGGAUGAGGCAACAUUUUUGGAGAGUCCGAGAAACAUAGUUUAACACAUUGAUAUCUGGGGAAAGCCAAUGCUUUGUCCUCUGAAAAUAUUAGGUAGUCGAUCACGCCAUUAAAUGGGUAAUUCAGGGUGAGAUCUCAUGAAUACCAUUAAAAACGGCAUUACAUUUUGCAAUGGCGUUUUCUUACGUGAAGUUUGAAAAAGAAAUUUCUUUGAGGGUUUUUUUGGACCAAUUUUCUAAUUUUUCAACAAUCGAAUAUCAGUAGGGGCGAAGGUCUUAGUUUUUGCAAAAAAAUAAUAUUCCUAGUUGAUAAAGUUGCUUAUUUGUUGAA